UCGGAUCAUUGUUUCAGUUACUCGAGAACGAGCAAUAUGAGCGGAAGUCAAUUUCUUCACGCCCUGGGACGAACGCUGGGAUUGGGUAGGAAGCAGCUGAAGGUCGAUAGCCGACAUGUGGUGAUCAUCACGGGAUGCGAUUCGGGAUUGGGCCACUCCAUGGCCGUAUACUGCCAUGAUUCGCUUCACAUGACAGUGGUUUCCUGCUGCCACAAUCUCAAAUCCGAUGGAGCCAAACUACUGCAAGCUUUAAACUCAUCCGAGGAUGGGCUGAGUAGGAUGCACACUCUGGAACUUGACCUUUUGGAGCCCGAUUCGAUACGCCAUGUUCACUGCCAACUCAGGGAUAUACUCACCAAAGAUCAAAGAUAUCGGUUAACAGCCCUGAUAAACAAUGCGGGAGUUAUGUGUUUUGGGGAAUUCGAAUGGCAGUUACCUGAGCAAAUAGAAACGCAGAUCAACUGCAACCUACUCGGCACAAUGAGGUUAACGCGUGAAUUGCUUCCUCUGCUCCGCCAGCAGCAGGGCAGGAUCAUCAACGUGACCAGUCACUGUGGACUGCAGGCUCUUCCUGCCCUGGGUCCUUACGCCGCCUCCAAGGCCGCCUUGCGCUUUUGGACAGAUGCCCUACGAGUGGAACUCCAGCAAUACGGCAUGGAGGUGGUCAACUUUAUACCAGGUUCCUUCGUUUUGGACAGCAACAUUGCAGCCAGGCAGCAGCAACACGCUGAGAAGAUGCGAAAGGCCUUCAACCAAGAGCAACAUGCUCUAUACGACACCUACUUUGAGGCCUUUAAUGGUUACCUAAAAGUCCUAAGCGGCUUCAAGCCACCCAAUCGCCUAAAGAACGAUUCGCUGCUGGCCAAAUUCAACGAUGCCUUGACCAGCUCACAACCUUUAGCAUUGUACAUCGAGGAGCCCCGACGAUAUCGCUUCUACCGUUGGCUCUUUUCGAUUUGUCCCACUCCACUGGUGGAUUGGCUAACCCUGCGCUUCUGCGCCAUGCCCACCUACGAGUCCACAAACAGACAGAAAAAGAUUUAGGUUAAUUCGUAGUCUAUACAUAUUAAAUUUACAAUUGUAGCACAUUGGAAUACUUGGCUAAGGGCUGUGGCAAAUAAAUCGAGCUGAAUCCAGGGAAUGGAAAACGGCAAAGACGA